AUGGAAACAAUUCCUCGACCCAAUUCGCUGCUCCUUCUUCUUCUCAACUGUCUAGUCCUGUUCAUCGGGUCAACCAACGGAGUGGAAUACCCGGUGACCAUCACGGCACUCAACACCUCCGCCGGCGUCCAGCGGUUCGUGCGGCGGAUCGGGAAGAGCUACGCCAGCCGGAGGAUGGAGUCCGGAACGAACUUCAUAUGGAAAACCCUCCACCAGACAGCCGCCGGCGACGAUGGCGAACGGAAGGAUUACAGCAGGGUAGAGCUGUUCAUCCAGAGCAUGAAACAACGGAGGACUUACCACGUGGACAACAGGAUCGCGAUCAAUUCCGAGUAUAUCGGCAAUUACACGGCCGGGAAUCUCAAGCGGGAGUUCACGGGCCUGUUGUACCAGCAAAUGGCGCUGGUUUGGGCCUGGGACGGCGUGGGCCAGGCUCCAGCGGGACUCGUCAGUGGGAUUGCCGAUUAUGUGAGGAUGAGAGCUCAUCUGGUGAGUCGUUCUGGAUGGGCCCGGCCCGGGGACGGGGAGAGGUGGGAUCAGGGGAAUGACGUUACGGCCCGGUUCUUGGAGUAUUGUGGCAAGUUUAAGGAGGGGUUUGUUGGGGAGCUGAACCGGAAGAUGAAAAACGGUUACUCGGAUGACUAUUUUAAGGAGCUGUUAGGGAAGAACGUUGAUAGGGUUUGGAGGGAUUAUAAGGCAAGGUACCCCAGGUGA